AUGGCAUCCACGAAUGGAACCCCCUACGGCACCCCCUCAUUCACCUUGGUAGGUCUGCCUGACCUGGAAGCGACUCAUUUCUGGCUGGGCUUCCCCCUAUGCGCCAUGUACCUUGUAGCCAUUGUGGGCAACUGCACCAUAGUAUUUGUAGUUAAAACUGAGCCCACCCUCCACACACCCAUGUACUUCUUCCUCUGCAUGCUGGCAGCUGUGGACCUGGCAAUCUCCACUUCUACCAUGCCCAAGAUGCUCUCCCUUCUGUGGUUCGAUGCCAAAGAGAUCGGCUACAGGGCCUGCCUGGUCCAGAUGUUCUUCAUCCACUCCCUUUCAGGCGUCGAGUCCACCAUCCUCCUGGCCAUGGCCGUGGAUCGGUAUGUGGCCAUAUGCCAUCCUCUGAAUCACUCCACCAUCCUCACCAACUCCGUUAUGGCAAAGGUGGGCUUGGUGGCCGUGGUGAGAGGAGUCGCCUUCUUCCUCCCGCUGCCCUUGCUUAUCCACCGCCUGUCCUGCUGCAAGUCCACCAUCCUCACCCAUUCCUACUGCCUCCACCAAGAUGUGAUGAACCACAUGUUGGGCAGCAAAAUGCCCAACAUUGCAUAUGGGCUGACGGCCAUCCUCCUGGUGAUGGGCCUGGACUCCCUGCUCAUCUUCGUGUCCUACAUGAUGAUCCUCAAGAGCGUCCUACAGCUGCAGUCAAGGGAGGAGCGCCUCAGGGCCUCUGGGACUUGUGUGGCCCACGUGUGUGUGGUCCUGGCCUUCUACGUGCCCCUGAUUGGGCUCUCUGUGGUGCACAGGUAUGGGAAGGGCCUGAAUCCACUGGUUCAAGUGACUAUGAGCAACAUCUACCUCCUGGUGCCCCCCGUGCUCAACCCCAUUGUCUAUGGGGCUAGGACAAAAGAAAUACGGAAACGAGCAUUAAAGAUAAUAAGGGUCGGAAGGAAGAGAGACCCUCAGUGA